AAAGGUUUGAUAGCUUGUGCUGUCGCGUCUGUAUUUUUUGGCUCAAUGUUUGUACCUAUUAAGAAGUACAAUGCUGGUGACGGAUUUUAUGUUCAGUGGCUGAUGAGCAUUUCUAUCGUCAUAGUCGCAUUUGCAACAUGGAUCUGGGAAGGUCUUCCUCAGUUUUAUCCACUGGCAAUGGUUGGCGACUUUCAUCCUUCUUUAGGCAACGCAACAGCAGUGCCAAUCAUCAGGCGAUUGGGCAUGGCUAUGGGUAUCCUGAUUUGGAACACCACUAACUGUUUGGCUGGUUGGGCUGGUGGUAAUUUUGGUCUCUUUGGAAUGACCGCUAGACCAGCUGCAAAUAAAUUACUUAAUUAUGUCGGGCUUCUUUUUGUCAUCGUAGGUGGUAUUGGUUUGUCUUUAAUUGCUGGUAUAUUUUACGGAUGUACAUUUGUCCCAGUGAUUUACAUCCAAGACAAUGUUUUUGGUGCAAGUCAGAGGGGAACUCCGUAUGUGUUUUCACAUUCCAUGGGAAUCUUCCUAACUGCAACUGCGUUGUUCUUCGGAUACUGCGUUUUCAAAAAAAAUAAGCCCGUUAUUAACAACCAAAUUACCCUACCAGCAUAUAUCGCUGGGUUACUUUGGAUAGUUGCUCAAACGUCCUUCUUUAUCGCGAACGAAAAUCUUAGUCAGACGGUUUCGUUCCCAAUCAUCACUAUGAUCCCUGGAUGCGUGGCUUCGCUAUGGAGUAUAUUCGUAUUCAAGGAAAUUCGGGGAGCUCGAAAUCUACGACUACUUGGAAUUGCAAUUGCGAUAACUCUUUGCGGAGCAAUGAUGGUUGGCUUGUCAAAAAGUUUAACUUUUUAA